AUGGGUCAGGACUUUGAGCCUUACGUUUUCCGCAAAGACGAACUAUCCACCCAUAAGGGGUACUUGGUUUGGGGAAGUCGGGUGGUAAUCCCCAAGCCCUUGCGGCAACAAGUUCUCUUGGCCCUACACGAAGCACACCCUGGAAUCAUGCACAUGAAAGCCCUUGGCAGGAGCUAUGUUUGGUGGCCAGGAUUGGAUGCAGAUAUCAAGGCCUGGGACAAGCACUGUAGGACCUGUCAGGAGUCAUGCCCAGAUCCACCCCAAGGCCCGGUUCAGUCGUGGGAGCCUACGUGGUCUCCCUGGUCCCGCCUCCACCUAGACUUUGCAGGACCAUUUCACGGCCAGAUCUUCCUUAUUCUGGUAGACUCUUACACCAAGUGGCUGGAGGUGGUUCAGGUGCCUUCAACCUCAGCCUCGGUGGUCAUUCGGGCCCUGCGCCCAAUUUUCACCACCCAUGGCAUUCUGGAUAUUGUCGUGACAGAUAAUGGAACAGCUUUUACCUCCCAGGAGUUCCAGGAGUUUCUGGAGAGCAAUCUCAUCUGUCAUGUGCGGUCAGCACCUUUCCACCCUGCUACCAAUGGUCAAGCGGAAAGGAUGGUGCGUACUGCAAAGGAGGCACUUCAACAGAUUGGCCAGACUGAGUGGGAGAGGAAACUUGCUUGUUUUCUCCUCUCUUAUAGGACCACACCUAACUCUGCGAGCGGUUGCAGCCUUGCGGAGCUUCUCAUGGGACGCUGCCUAACAACUCGUCUCAACCGCCUCCACCCGGACAGAGUCCUUGAUCGGCGGUCACAAACGGAGGUGCAUGAAGCACCACGCGUUUUUUUCUGUGGAGACCCAAUGUGGGCAGGGAACUACAUUGGUAACCCUGCCUGGCUGUCGGCCAGAGUCCUUCGAGUAAAGGGGCCGAUGUCUUACAAGGUUGCCACAGAGGACGGAAGGACCCUGAAGAGGCACAUAGAGCAACUACGUAGCCGCUUGCCAGCGGACGCCAUAGUGCAGCCGAGACGGAGCUGCUCUGAGGAGACUGUAAGCCGCAGGCCUCGAUCUAUUGAGGAGGAAGAAGGGCCAGAGGGCCUUAUAGAGUCGGGUGGUACCACAGGGCCAGAGAUGUCGUUACUGGCUGAAACGACAGCAGCUGCCCAAGCGUCCUUACCACAGGCACUAGAAGCAGCUGCUGCCCCUGCCAUGGAAACCCUGGAAACAAGGAUGGAUGUAGAACCUCAUACGGAAUUAAGGCGCUCCCAGCGAGAGCGGAGGCCACCUGCUUAUUUGAGGGACUAUGUGAGCUGGGAGUAUUUGGACUAUGGGAGGGGGAAGGGGUGUUAUGUCUUGAGAUCAACUCCACUAUUGUCCUCGCCGAUAGAAUGA